GUUUUGCUUUUGUGCUUUUUUAUUUUUUUAUAUUACGUUUUGCAGUCAAAACGGUUAGACGUUCUUUCUGGUCUGGUCCGUAUCAAUCUAAUCUCGCUGAUAAGCAUGGCGGAGGAGGAGAACGAUGUCUACUUUUUCGAAGGUGUUGAGAAACUAUUGGAAGUGUGGUUUGCCGAAAGUUCAACCGGAACCGGUGACCUGCGCAACAUAAGCCGUUCAGAUUGGGAGAACCUGCUGGGCCACGUGAAAUGCGAGAUAAUAAGCUUUAAAAAAAACGACCUCAUCGAUGCCUUCCUGCUGAGCGAGAGCAGCAUGUUCGUCUCCCGUCGGAGAUGGAUAUUGAAAACAUGUGGCACGACGACGCCAUUGAAGUGCCUCGAUCAGCUAUUGAAGCUGGCAGCAGAGCAGGGAUAUACCGUUAUAACCGAUAUAUUUUACUCCCGCAAGAACUUUACCAAGCCGGAAGUUCAAAACGCACCGCAUCGUGGCUUCUACGAAGAAGUGCAUUAUCUAGAUACUUUAUUCCCGGAGGGUCGAUCGUAUUGUCUCGGUUCCAUUAAUCAGGAAUGCUGGUAUCUAUAUACAUUUAGCAAACCCGAAGUAAAAGCCUUAUCUGAUGUUAUAGUUGAGGAAGCGAUUGUUAAGGAUAGUGCCGAGCCAGAUCAAACUAUCGAAAUACUUAUGCAAAAUCUAGAUACGGAAAUUAUGGAUUGCUUUAGCAAAACUAAAUACACCACCGGCCAAGAGGCAACCAUAGCGACGGGUAUAGAACAAAUAUUGCCCGAUAUGCUCAUCGAUGACUUCUUGUUUGAUCCAUGUGGCUAUUCCAUGAAUGGCAUCAACGAGCGUGGCGAAUACAUGACCAUACAUAUAACGCCUGAAGAAAAAUUCAGCUACGUCAGUUUCGAAAGCAAUGUCGCUCUUGAUAACUAUACGAAACUUAUCAAUCAGGUUAUCAAAACAUUUAAACCCGGCAAAUUCAUUGUCACCAUAUUCGCUAAUAAAUCAUCGCUCGCCUAUGAGACGAUGAAGGAACUAGAAAUCAAAUAUUCAACAUUAUCCAAUUGGCAACGCAAUGAUAUGCAAUGCUGCAAUUUCCCGUUAUACAAUCUAUUGUUUGCACAAUACUCAAGAAAGUUGGAUAGUAGUUCUACAUAACAAAUGCCACGCCCAUCAACGCGCAAACUUCCAUACAAAAACAUCCAAAGCUAGAAUUUUUUGUUAUUCAAAUUUUUAAAGUUGUUAAAUACAGAAUCAGUUAACCAAUUCA